UUUUCGCCAGCCUGCUGCCACACUGUUUACGAAAAAGCGAGCAAAGAAAACAAAAAAUAAAAGCGUAUUAAGAUUUCGUGUCGAAAAAUGCUGUAGGCGCAGUGUAAAAUGCAUAUACUGCAGAUAAAUCGCGUUUGUGAGAUGCUACAACGCGAGUUCAAUAUCAAAUCGGUGCAAAACUUCAAAGUGCAAUAAGCAUAUUCUCCAAUUAUCGAAUAUACCAAAGUGCAAUUGGCCAGUUGAGACUACAACCACAAUAACAACAACAGUGAAAUAAUAAUAUAACCUUGUGGCAGUUGUUUUUUUUGAUAAUAAAUCAAAAAUAUAGAAAAGCAAUCAAGGUAAAAGGAGUAAAAGUUGUUAAAUAAUAGCAGUUUAUUUGGAAAACACAGUGCUCGAGUGUGGGUGUGUGUGUGUGCGUAGUGCCAACAAUACAAACGCAACAACCAAUACAAGCGCACACAGCUAGUUUUUGUCGAAACAACGAAAGUAGCAGCGAUAAAUAUAACAAAACAACAACAACGAAGAGUCUCAAAAAGUGCUGGAAAAACUCGCGAUAAGAAAAACGCUAGUGAAAAACAACAUAAUAGAGGAAAUUAAAUAGAAUCCUCCACAUCGACAGAAAUUUUGAAUGCUGUUGCGUUUUGAAAUCCAUACACAAAAUGGUUUCGUUAAUUGAUACAAUCAAAGCAGCAGCCGAAAAACAGAAGCAAACCGAGUCCGUGGCUUCUAACUCCUCCUCUUCGAUUUCCUCCUCCCCACCGUCUUCGUCCUCUGGCUCCCCAUCUUCUGCCGCCCCCAAAUCCAAUCUCACGGCCAGCGGAAAACCAAAGGAGAAGCGAAGGAACAAUGAAAAGCGCAAGGAGAAGUCUCGCGAUGCGGCAAGAUGUCGUCGCUCCAAGGAGACGGAGAUUUUCAUGGAGCUCUCGUCGGCUUUGCCACUAAAAACCGACGAUGUCAAUCAACUGGACAAGGCCUCCGUGAUGAGAAUCACCAUUGCCUUUCUCAAGAUUCGUGAGAUGCUGCAGUUCGUUCCCAGUUUGCGCGACUGCAAUGAUGCCAUUAAGAAGGACAUCGAUGCGUUGGUCGAUCAGCAGGAAAUGAAGCCCAAGCUGGAGAUGGGCAGCGAGGACUGGCUCGAGGGAGCCGAUGCCAGAGAGCUCUUAAAGCAGACCAUGGAUGGGUUCCUACUCGUCCUGUCCCACGAAGGCGACAUUACCUAUGUAUCCGAAAACGUGGUCGAGCAUCUGGGCAUCACCAAGAUUGACACGCUGGGCCAGCAGAUCUGGGAGUACUCGCACCAGUGCGACCACGCAGAGAUCAAGGAGGCGCUCAGCCUGAAGCGCGAAAUCGCCGCGAAGGUCAAGGACGAACCGCAUCAGGACUCCGGCGUGAGCACCCAUCACAGGGACUUGUUUGUGCGCUUAAAGUGCACCUUGACCAGUCGCGGACGCAGCAUUAACAUCAAGAGUGCCUCCUACAAGGUCAUUCACAUCACCGGUCACUUGGUGGUCAAUGCCAAGGGCGAGCGCCUGCUGAUGGCCAUUGGCCGACCCAUUCCGCAUCCCUCGAACAUUGAGAUACCUCUGGGAACCAGCACCUUCCUUACCAAGCACUCCCUGGACAUGCGUUUCACCUACGUGGACGACAAGAUGCGUGACUUAUUGGGAUACUCGCCCAAGGACUUACUUGAUACUUCUCUAUUUGUCUGCCAUCAUGGAGCCGAUUCCGAACGCCUGAUGGCCACCUUCAAGAGCGUGCUCAGCAAGGGACAGGGCGAGACUAGUCGCUACCGAUUUCUGGGAAAGUAUGGCGGCUACUGCUGGAUCCUCAGCCAGGCCACGAUCGUCUACGACAAACUAAAGCCACAGAGUGUCGUGUGCGUUAACUACGUCAUAAGUAAUCUUGAGAACAAACAUGAGAUAUACUCACUCGCUCAACAAACGGCGGCAAGUGAGCAAAAGGAACACCAACCAGCUGAAACCGAAACCGAGCGGCCAGAAAAAGCAGCAACUCCCGAGGUCGUCCUUCAGGAACCCAACAAGGAAACCGGAAACAAAUCAACCCCAAUAGAGGUUGAAGGCCGAGAGCAGCCAAUCGAGAGCAAGGAAUCAGAAAAGACCAUCGAGGAGAAACCUCUAGAACCACCAGCCAUCAAAUCAGCUGAGAGAAACCCACCAGCGACCGCCACCACUGCGGCCGAUCAGAUAAAGCAGAUCCCCGAGAGCAAUCCCCUGAAGCAGAUCCUCCAAGCGGAGCUGCUGAUCAAGCGGGAGAAGUACUCCCCCGGACCGCGCACCAUCACCGCCCAGCUGUUCAGCGGCAGCAGCUGCAACAGCGGCAAGAUCGGCAACAUCGGCGGCCUGCGCCACGAGGAGAAGCGCCCCAAGUCGGUGACCGCCUCGGUCUUCCGCCCGAGCCCCGCUCCACCGCUGACCCCACCGCCGGCGGUCCUCUGCAAGAAGGCAGCGCUCAGCGUGGAGCCCCAGCUGCCGCCCACCACCACCGCCACGGCCGCCAUAAUCUCGUCGAGCAACCAGCAGCUGCAGAUCCCCCAGCCGAACCAACUGCAGAAUCCACAACCGGCUCAAGAUAUGAAUAAGGGAUUCUGCUCGCUCUUCGCCGACGAUGGACGAGGUUUGACAAUGCUUAAGGAGGAACCCGACGACCUGUCCCACCACCUGGCCUCCACCAACUGCAUCCAGCUGGACGAGAUGACGCCCUUCAGCGACAUGCUGGUCGGCCUCAUGGGCUCCUGCCUGCUGCCCGAGGACAUCAACUCCCUGGACUCGACCACCUGCUCCACGACGGCCAGUGGCCAGCACUACCAGAGCCCCAGCAGCAGCAGCAACUCGGCCACCAGCAGCAACACCAACACCAGCAACAGCAGCAGCAGCAACAGCUACGCCAACAGUCCGCUCAGCCCGCUCACUCCCACUCCCGCGGCCAGUAAUCCCAGUCACCAGCAACAGCAGCAGCAACAACAGCAGCAGCAGCAGCAACAGCAUAGCCAGCAGCAGCAACACCAUCCCCAGCACCACGACAACAGCAACAGCAGCAGCAACAUCGAUCCGCUGUUCAACUACCGCGAGGAGUCGAACGACACGAGGUGCUCGCAGCACCUGCACUCGCCCAGCAUCACCUUGAAGAGCCCUGAGGACAGCAGCCUGCCUUCGCUGUGCAGCCCCAAUUCGCUGACCCAGGAGGACGAGUUCUCCUUCGAGGACUUCGCCAUGCGAGCUCCCUACAUCCCGAUCGACGACGACAUGCCCCUGCUGACGGAGACGGACCUCAUGUGGUGCCCGCCGGAGGAUCUGCAGACCAUGGUGCCCAAGGAGAUCGACGCGAUGCAGCAGCAGUUGCAGCAGCUGCAGCAGCAGCACCACCAGCAGUUCGCCUCCAGCACUGGCUACCAGCAGCAGCAGCAGCAGCAGUCGGGCGGUGUCCACCAGCAGCAGCAUUUCUCCAACUCCCUCUGCUCGUCGCCCGCGUCGACGGUCUCGUCGCUCUCGCCAUCGCCGGUGCAGCAGCAACAGCAACAGCAGCAGCAGCAGGCGGCGGUCUUCACCAGCGACUCCAGCGAACUGGCAGCUCUGCUGUGCGGAUCGGGAAACGGAACCCUCUCCAUCCUGGCCGGAAGUGGAGUGACCAUGGCGGAGGAGUGCAGCGAGCGGCUGCAGCAGCACCAGCAGCAAGCGCAGCAGGGUGGCAACGAGUUCAGGACCUUCCAGCAGCUGCAGCAGGAGCUGCAGUUGCAGGAGGAGCAGCAGCAACGCCAGCAGCAGCAGCAGCAACAGCAGCAGCAACAACAGCAGCAGCAGCAGCAGCAACAGCAGUUGCUGAGCCUCAGCAUCGAGUGCAAAAAGGAGAAGUACGACGUGCAGAUGGGAGCCAGCUUGUGUCAUUCCAUGGAGGAUGCAUUUGAGAACGACUACAGCAAGGACUCCGCAAAUCUGGAUUGCUGGGACCUGUUGCAGAUGCAGGUGGCCGACGCGGCUCCCGUGAGUCCCGCAGCCUCCUCGCCUUCCGCCUGCAAGGUGACGACCAUCCAGUUGCUGCAGCAACAGCAGCAACUGCAGCAGCAGCAGCAGCAGAACAUCAUCCUGAAUGCCGUGCCAUUGAUAACCAUUCAGAACAACAAGGGAUUAAUGCAGCAGCAGCAGCAGCAGCAGGAGCACCUGCAGCAGCCCGCCUUGAAGCUGCUGAACGGAUCCACCAUUGCGCCGGUGACCACCAAGGCCACAAUUCGGCUGGUGGAGAGCAAGCCGCCCACCGCGACGCAGCCGCGAGUGGCCAAGGUGAACCUCGUCCCGCAGCAGCAACAGCAACAGCAACAGCAGCAGCAACAGCAGCAUGGAAAUAAGCGGCAUUUGAACAGUGCGACAGGGGCAGGAAACCCCGUGGAGUCGAAGCGCCUGAAGAGCGGCACCCUCGGCACCCUGGACGUGCAGUCGCCGCAGCUGCUGCAGCAGCUGAUCGGCAAGGAUCCCGCCCAGCAGCAGAGCCAGGCGGCAAAGCGGGCGGCCAGCGAGCGGUGGUCGCAGGCGGCGGAGAGCAAGCAGCAGAAGCAGCAGCAGCAGCAGCAGUCGAACUCGGUGCUGAAGAACCUGCUGGUCAGCGGACGCGACGAUGGCGAAUCCGAAACCAUGAUAAUCGAUGAUGACAACUCCCUGGGACAGUCGAACCCCCUGGGCAAGUACGGAUUGCCUCUGCAUUGCCACACUUCCACGUCGGCGGUGCUGCGGGACUUCCACCACAAUCCGCUGAUCAGCGGCACCAACUUCCAGCUGUCUCCGGUCUUCGGAGGCUCAGACGCCGGAGGAGGUGAUGGCGACACUGGCUCGGUGGUCUCCCUAGAUGACUCCAUGCCGCCGGGUCUGACGGCCUGCGACACGGAUGCCUCGAGCGACAGCGGCAUCGAUGAGAACAGCCUGGUGGACGGGGCAUCGGGGUCACCUCGCAAGAGGGUGACCUCAGCGGCUGCUGCCAGCGAGCAGGCCGAGUCUGCCCCACCGCCCCUGGAUGCGGUGAUCCAGCAGACUGGUGAGGAGGAGCUCGAGGGAUGCGGAUCGGGAAGCAACGCCCCCAGCAGGAAGACCUCCAUUUCCUUCCUGGACAGCAGCAAUCCCCUGCUGCACACGCCGGCGAUGAUGGACCUGUGCAACGACGACUACAUCAUGGGCGAGGGCGGCUUCGAGUUCAGCGAGAACCAGCUGGAGCAGGUCCUGGGAUGGCCGGAGAUGGCCUAGGAUCCUCGUCCUUGCAUGCACUGCAUUUGAUGAGGGGCAUUUUCGGGCGGAUUUGAGGAAAACAUUGAAAUUAAACUGAGCAUCGAAGAGGAAGCUAACCAAAAGAUUGAUUUUGAGCCUUGCGUGAAAGUAGGUAGCCCCGCACAACCAACCAACGAACCAACCAACCACCCGACCGACGAGAACCUGACCCAUCCCAACCCGAACCAACACCUGACCCCUGACCUCCGACCCCAUGCUAACCGACACAUUUACAAACAGGAAGGGUAAUCACACUUGAAUAGUUUUGUAGCCAUGUUAACUGCCUAGAACAGAAGAAUAUACACGUAUGUAAUUUAGUCUUAAUGUUUUUCUAUAUGCAAUCUUUACACAACAAGAGGAUGAGGAGCAAAUUAGCAGAGGAGGAGAAGUACCAGUCGAAAAAUAACACUAAAAUUAUAAUUUUAUUAAGAGGAAAAAAUCUUGGAAAAUGUUCAUAGUUUUUUGCUAGAAGGCUCAAACAAGUUUUUUGGUGACGGUUGUAUUCUGUUUUAUAACUUUCAAGCAAAAAUGCUGUGACGAAAAAAAAGAGUUUUUGAACAUGUUUUACAAAAAUUAUUAAAAAAGAUAAAAAAAAAAACAAAAAAAAUAUGUAAAACUUAGCUUAAGUCUUUAAUUUCAAUGUUUUCAAAUGCUACAAUGAAAGUUUGUAGGAAUUUUAAUACUUUAACUUUAAUUAUGUGGUUUAAGUAAAUACCAAUUUGAUUCAGUUGAUCUUAAAUUCAGGCUAUACUUUGUGCAUUUCUAUAAAUUAACUUUGUGUCAAUCAGUUUCAAUAAUUUCUCGAUUUUUGUAUCCCUUGAUUAUGUAAAUUAGUUUUAAUUCUGUUUAAGGCGCAUCAUACAAAACAAACUGUUUGCUUGCUUAAUCCAAAUUCAAUCAAUGUUCAGUGUUUUUAAACUUGUUUUAAUAUUAAUUGGCAAAUAAAUAUAGAAUUCAUUUCGAUGAAAGUUGCAUGCAGAAA